AGUGUGUCUCUGGUUAGAGAUUUUUAAAAUAAUACUUUUUAUUUUAAGAAAUUUGUUUCUUCGAUUAGUUGUCCGAAUGCUGCGACGCCAAACGUUUGUGACUCUUUCUUCAAUAAAUAACUGUGGAAUUUCAAUAAAGAAAGUGAAAUGAUACGCAGAGUGUUCUGUGGAGUCCCAAAUGCCUACGCAUGGCAACUAGUCCUAUGCUCGCUGCUGUUGAUGUAUUCUAAUUAUGCUGCUGGCGAAUGCAAUGUGUGCCAAGCGAAUCAGGCGGCCUGUAUCAAUUCAACAUCCUUCUAUUUGUGCUUUGGUGAUGAUGUACCGAACAUGGAAACUCUGUAUCAUUGCAAGGAGGGCUUCGAUUGCACCGAUUUGAAUGCAAUUUGUGUCCAGAGCUCAUCACAACGUCGGCCCAGUUGCGGUGACACAUCGUUGUGUGGGAUGUGCAGUGCCCAUCGCAAUCAUUUGUUUGCAUGCCUAAGUCGGACCACAUUUCAAAUGUGUUAUGGCGCCAUCCGGCCUAUCGGACAAAUUGGCUAUUGUCCACAGGGUCUUGUUUGCGAUGCCAAUAGUGAUGCAAUUUGCGUUUUGGAAGAUUUGGUGGAGAGUGUCACUUGUGAUGUGGUGGCCGGAGGCGAUGAUAACGAAAACGGAGGUGAAAAUGGUGGCGAAAAUUCAUCAACACCUGGAAUUGGUUCAACGACACCAACGAAUGGGAAUGGUAAUGACGGAGAAGGUUCCACUACCACAAAUCCGGUGGGAGACUUAACACCACAACAAGUUUGCACUCAAAUGGCAGAAGUUGGGCUAUAUCCAACAUCUCCAGUGGAUCCCUAUUGCAAGAGAUAUGUGUAUUGUUACAAAGAAAAUGGAAUAAUUAAAGGAGUUGAAUAUAGCUGUUCUUCUGGAACUUAUUAUCAUAUUCAACAGGAACAAUGUGUCUUCAAUAAACCAACUUACUGUUUGUAAUAAAAAAAUACACGUUUUUCAUACACUA